GGGAUGUAAAGGGUUAAUCCAACAUGGCGACCUCCGUAGUAAAAUGUUUUUUAUUCUCUCGAUGUUCAGGAAUCAUUCGGUCCGUUACUCUACAAGGGAAAUUGCCCCCUGUGUUUAUAAGAAACAGAAACCUCCUCAGCCAAUGUCUAAGUUUUAGUUAUGGUAACAGAGCGUCUGACAACCCACAGGUUAGUGGAUUUAGCAAGGCUACAGACAAUCAUAUCUCUGUCGUACAAGCUGAGAAUUCAACACGAUAUACAGCUACUGUCCUACUAGCUAGGUGAAUGUAUCAAGUGUACAUGCAUUGAGCUGUCUACAAAUGAAUUUGUAACAAGUACCAGUAACUAAUUAUCAAGAUGUCUUGCAGGAAAUUAGCUGUUUUAGCAACGCUAAGAGCAGCUAGCUGGAAAGUAGCCUACACGUCACAAGUUGUAGCUAGUUUACCACGGACAGUGUGUGUUGUGGAAGUGCUUGGAGUGAUGCUUAUUGUUAAGUAGUUAUGCGUUGACUGAUCGAUUCGACUUUUAAAUGAAUGUCUAUAUCUGAUGCAGGAUGGACAUGUGAACAUUCCAGUCGGUGAGUAUAAAUAUCAAACUAUACGUUAGAGAAAUGUUAUUGUUAUUUACCUUUUCACCCUGAAUAUACGUGUACAUAGAUAUUUUUAUUUUAUGCUGUCUGUCUAAUAGACCGUCUCACAGUAUCCUACAGCCGAAGCAGUGGUCCAGGCGGUCAGCAUGUUAACAAAGGUAACGUCAUCAUUAGUAUUCACAUACCUGUGCCUGCAACCUGGACUUGGGGGUAGACGUAACAUAGUUAACCAAAAUCCGGGACACUCAAAUUAGUAUUAUAUGUUACAUAUGGUAUGAUUACAUUAAGUAUGAUAUGUUACGAAUUUAAAUGUGCUGUUAAUGUUAGCUAGGUGGCUUACAUUAGUUAGGUUAAAUGGUUAAGGCAGGGGUUCCCAAACUUGUUUGGCCCACAAUCCCAUUUUGAUAUCUGAAAAUUCUCAUGACCCAACCAUGUGAAAAAUAUGAUGUAAUUAAUAGCCAAUGUUAACGUUUUUAUUUUUUGGGCUAUGGCAGUCAAUUAAAAAAAAUUCUAACAGUUUCUGAUUGUCUUCUAAACUCACAAUCACAUACUUUUAAUGUGGGGCUAUGACAGUCAAUUAUAAAUUAGUAUGACAUAAUGUAUCUUAUCUCACCACCACUAAUGAGAUGGUUGUGCUUAAUGCAUGUCGCCUCGGAGCUUCUCAAAGUUAGGGGGCAUGGUCCGCAGUGCGCACCUCAUCUCUGCUGUCAUAUCCAACCUGGAUCAAUAUUUGGUUUUAAUGCAGAUGAGAGCACUGAAUCCAGCUUCACACAGAUAUGAGCUGGCGAAGGGUACCAUGAGUUUUAUGGUGCUUUUAAGACAACUGGGAACCCGGAAAAAUACGAGGUCAAAUCAUGACGUCAGUGAUCUUCAGGUCGGAAAGUCGGAGCUCUAAAAAGAGGCAGAGUUCCCGAAUUGGAAUACCGAGUUGGAUGACCGUUCAGAAUGAUUUUCCCCUGUUUUUUUCCUGAGUUCCCAGUUGUCUUGAACGCUUUGAAGUCGGAAGUCAGAGAUUUCCCAAUUCCCAAUUGUUUUGAAAGCUGCAUUAACCUCAAUGGGAUCGGUGUCCCUUAUACGGGACGGUUGAGCUAACGUGCGCUAAUGUGAUUAGCAAGACUGUUGUAAGUAACAGCAAACAUUCCAGGACAUAGACAUGUCUUAUAUUGGGCAGAAAGCUUAAAUUCUUGUUAAACUAACUGCACUGUCCAAUUUACAGUAGCUACUACAGUGAAAAAAUACUGUGCUAUUGUUUGAGGAGAGUGCACAACAACACAAAACUUAUCACAGCAACUGGUUUGAUACAUUCACCUCUGAAAGUAAAUAAUGUACUUGCAUUCAGUAAUCUUGCUCUGAUUUGUCAUCCUGAGGGUCCCAGAGAUAAAAUGUAGCAUAGUUUUGUUUGAUAAAAUCAAUUUUUAUAUUAAAAUGUAGGAACUGGGUUCUACAGUUUGAACCCUUGCCGUUUCUGGCUCCACACCCACCCCGCCCGGCCAUCUAGAUGUUUGAAAGUUAGUGUAUAAGCUAAUGAUCCAUCAUGUAUGAUAUUCCUGGGAGUGUGUAAACUUAAAUUUUUGUAUGUUGUAUCAAUUGACCAAUUCGGCACAUUUGGGCAGAUUUGAUACAAAAUAGUCCAGUAUUGCAAUGCUUCACUGGAUCAAUCUGAAACUUUGCACACACACUGCUUCCAUCUGGUGGCCAAAAUCUAAAUUGAGCCUAAACUGCAAUAUUAUAUUGUGGCCUUUCUCUUGCGUUUCAAAGAUAAUAAAAAACACAUGUUUUUUGGUUUGUAUUAUCUUUUACCAGAUCUAAUGUGCUAUAUUCUCCUACAUUAAUUUCACAUUUCCACAAACUUCAGUGUUUCCUUUCAAAUAGUAUCAAGAAUAGGCAUAUCCUUGCUUCAGGUCCUGAGCUACAGGCAGUUAGAUUUGGGUAUGUCAUUUUAGGCGUAAUUUGAAAAAAAGUGUCAGACCCUUAAGAGGUGAAUGCUCAGAGGCAGACGGCAGGGUAUUCCCUUUGAGUCAGGAACCAAAACUCCUCCGUAGUGACCCGUGAAUGUAUUCGGUCACAUGACAGAUCGAUCAGCUGUUCGAUUUCACUUGUCGGCAUGUCAACUGAGCCAGGAUCACAGUCAAACGGAUUGGGAAGUAGGUCCCAAAGUGCUCUUCCAAGCUUUGGAGGUGAGCAGUCAUCACUUGUGUGGGACACUUACUGAUGCUGUUUUCUGUUAGAAACGUGCACAGUUGAGGGAAGGGGGCAGGGUUCGCUUUUGAAAGACUGUCUCUCCAAUAAGAAUGAUUUCCAUCGAAUCCACUGAUUCGGUCACUCAUCUGUAGAAUGUUUUUGUAUUUCCCCAGUAUGCUUGUGUUCAGUUUCUCAAAUAUGUCUGUUACAUAGGCAAGGAGACACAUUUUCUUUUCAUUACACGGAAAUUCAACCAAGACUUUUUUUUUUUUUACAUCCAUGGUGAAUGACAACAGUUCCCCUUCGAUAACCACCAAGCCUCGGUAUGAAAUAGAACAUUGUCAUGCUCUGAUCCCAUAUCUCCAGAUAGUUUUACGAACAGGCGUACGUGCAGUGGAUGUGGUUUGAUGUAGUUUACAAUUGAAGUUACCUGCUGCAGUAUAUCUCAGAGUUCUGUGCUCAGCUCUUUUUACAUUUUAGUCAUUUAGCAGACGCUCUUAUCCAGAGCGACUUACAGUUAGUGAGUGCAUACAUUUCCAUCUAAAACAUUGAUUAUGUGGCCUUUAACAUUGUGUGGAAGUUAUAUAGUCUGUAUGCAUUGUUCAUUUAUACAGACUAUAUUUGCAAUGCAGUUGGAUUUGAAAAGUGUAGCAUUUUAAUAAUAAUAAUAAUGGGUUAAAACAAUUUAAACUGUAGUUGCAUCAUCACCUAAUAAAGGAAAUUGUGUAGUUUUUAAAAUUACCAAAUGACUUCACCUGAAAAUUGCUGCACCUCCAUGAUAGGAUUUAUGGUGUUGUGAUAUGCAGCUAGUGGGAUACAAAUGUGUCAUUGCAACUUAAUACAUUUUUGAGUACACCAUCGCCAUAAGAAAUCCAUCAUUUGAUACACCAAAACAAACACUACACGGCAUCUACCCAAUACUGCCAUCUAGUGGUGUAGUAUAGAAAGUGGUUAUUCAUCAUCUCCCCAGCUCUCUCCAUCAAAAAAUGUCAGCCCAUUGCUUUUGGAAAUUGCUUCUGAAGUCCUCAUCAAAGUGUUCAAGGUCUUCUUCCCGGAAUAUGCCCUUAGAUAGAUAGCCCAGCAGUUUUGUGGCAUGGAGUUUGAGAAGUCUUCGCCUUUCCUCCUCAAUGAUCUGUCGACGCAAUGCCUCCCUCUCCUGUUCGAUUGCUCUUUCUUCAGCCUCACGUUCCCUGUCAGCCAGGUACUGCUGUCUCCUGUUCUCCAGCAGUUUCUCCACAGCCCUCUUGUGCUCAAGCUGCUUCAUGCGGCGUUUCUGGGCAUUCAUCUGCUCUAUGCGGUCGUCCUCAGCAAACUUUUGCCGCCAGUUGCUCUCAGUGUAAUGCGUCCAUAUGGCAGAGGGAGACACAUUAAUACCUAGAGUGCAGAGGCCUGCCUGCCUUCCCGCCAUAGAUGGAGCCCCAUCUGUGCAAAAGCCCACCAUUCGAUCCCAAGGAAUCUGUUUUUUGUCAAUAUAGCCACGCAGCACCCUGAAAAUCCCCUGUGCCCUUUCAUGCUUGGGAAUCGUGAGACAGAACAAUAUGUCCUCGUGAAUAGCAUCCCCCAACAUGUAUAGCAAACAAAAGUCAAUACGGGCAUCUCGGCCCUCACAGCUAAAGUCCAUUUGGAGAGAAUAAGGAGGGGAGUUUGAGUCGUUCAGUCAGUUUCCUCUUGAUUGAUAGCAAUAGCAUAAAUUAUUUGUUUAACAGUGUUAUCUGACAAAGGUAUUGAUUAAUGUGAGUUUUUGUGCCUCUGCCUCCCCACACAUUGUUUUCACCAUAUCAAUUGCGGCCGGUAAUAUCAAAGUCUCUGCAAUAGUGUGUGGUUUCAUAACGUAGUGGCCCUAGCCAUUCACAAUGGGAAUUAUUCAAGUGCAACGGUCAAGUGCGGCCUUUUCCCAUGAUCUAAGGGUGCUCUCUGGUUGAAUUUUAUAUUUUAUAUUAGAAUAAUCGUCAUAAUUUUUUAAGGUUAACCACGUUAUAAUUAUUGCAUUUUUUUCUUCUGGAUUUUAAAAAUUCUCCCGCAACCCCAUUUUCAUAUCAGGCGACCACACAUGGGGUCGAUACCCCUAGUUUGGGAACCUCUGGGUUAGCUAACAUGACAAGUAGUUGGUUGCAAAGUAGCGAAGAAGUAGUAAGUAUUUGCAAAGUUGCUAAAAUGCUAAAGUUGUCCGUGAUGAGAUUGGAACAACUUUGGGUUUAUACAUCCACCCCGACCAACCACCCGCCUUUCAUUUUUGCCUAAUAAGUAACCUUCAUUCUUACGAAGGCAUACAAAGGUAACAUAUCCUACUACUUUGAGUGUUCCGGAUUUUCGUUUUCUGUUACGUCUAGUCUAUGAGACCAGCCUGGGACAUCACAAUACCAUCUAAUGCAACUUGGAGUGAGCUGAAUAAAUUGUUUUGUACAGUCGGUAUGAGAGCCUGUUGAAAUGGUAUUAUGAUUUACUGUUUGUCUGUGUUCAUAGUCAGCACCAAAGCAGAGGUCCGCUUCCACGUAUAUACAGCAGAUUGGAUCCCAGAAGACGUUCGACAAAAGAUCAUCUUAAAUGUAUGUUAACUAUCCCAAAGCAGUCAAAAUAUAGAUGGAUUUGUGCCCCUCUAUCUUCCCUGAGCACUAUCCUCCUGGGCAUUUUAAGUAGGAUAUUGAAUGCAGUAUGUUUUUACUCUCUCCUCCACUGCAGAAUAAAAACCGUAUCAACAAGGCAGGGGAGUUGCUGGUGACGUCAGAGCAGAGCAGGAGCCAGCAGAGAAACAUGGGGGACUGCAUCCAGAAGAUCUCUGACAUCAUAGCCGAGGCCACUGAGACGCCCCACGAGCCUUCAGCAGAGGACAUAGCCCUUAGAGCAUCCAGGUAGAGAAUGACUGCUGUGUGGCUCACGUUCACACCUAGUUGAUAAGAUAGUUCAACCCAAAAUCAAUCAAAAAUGUACUGCUGUAUUCAUUUUUCUUCAUCUAGCUAUAUUUAUUUCAGUGUUGUGGUGUGUAUAUUUUAAUGUCCAAGUCAGAUGGCGUUACUGGAUGAUUACUAAAGUAAAUACAUUUGUGUAUGUGUUUUGCUCAGGUUAGAGAAGAGGAAUAAGGAGAGACUGAAACAGAAGAAGCUCCAUUCAGCAGUCAAGCAGACAAGACGAGUGUAUUUCGACUGAGGGCCGGACACAGUAACAUACGAGGAAACAUUAAUUCGUUGUCUAUUUUCUCGCUUAACCAAUAAAUUGAACAUUUUAUUUGUUUUGAAAGUAUGAAACGCUUGAGUUUUUGGAAACAUGCGGAACUGAUUUGAGGUGAUUGUUGUGGCAUAAAUAAAAAAUAAAAGCUAUUCAAUGAACGAGAA